AAACUUUAAAAUGGCAGCCUCCUGUGGAAGGAUAUUUAGAGUUCUGAAUAACAUUUCAAUUUCUCAAACGUCAUUUAACUUAUCUGGACGCAUACGAUCUUCUUAUUCAAAGCGCUGCACACUUCAACAAAUUAAUAGAACAUCUCCCAGCUUGCUUGUGGAAGGCCAGCGCAGAUGUAUGACUACACUUCAGGCUGAUGACAAAAACAUACCACAUGAACAUCCUCAGAAAGACAUACAAGGUGGGGAUCAGGAAGUCUUAAAACUGGAGAUAGACACAACAGAAGAUGAAGAUAUCCCUGAUGUCCUGUACAGUCAUCUCUGUAUCGAGGUGAAGGGCCAUGACAUCGCAGUACUCGACAGCUAUGAAAAGUUUGUUCAGUUGGCAUCCAAGUGUCUUGGGCUCACAGGAUACUCAGUUAAAAGACCAAAGUAUGAUGUUUUAAGAAGGUCCCUUCUGAGGUCUGUACACAUUUUCAAAAAACACUACGUUCAGUAUGAACAGAGGACGUAUUACAGAGUAUUUAAUUUCACCAGGACCACAGGUAGCACAGCUGACACUUUCUUGGAAUAUAUUCAGAGAAAUCUCCCUGAAGGAGUGGCCAUGAAGGUUACAAAACAUCGACUGGAAGCUCUCCCAGAUCACUUGAAGCCACCAAAACAAAAGGAAUCAAUUUCUGACUCCUAGUUCACCCCUCAUUCACUGUUCGGUGUAUAGUAUAUAGAAAUAAAACAUUUUUACUGAAA